AUGGAGGAACCUGGAGAUGUUGCAAAAGCAGCAUCCAUCCCGAAGUCCUCCUCCUCUCGCCGCAUCCUGCAAAUCGAGCGCACGUUGUCCAAGACCUCCACUGCGGUUAGCCAUGCCCAAGAGCACUUUUUCAGCCGCCUGGCGCGGUGCAUUGCAAGACGCCCAGUUGUCACCAUUGCUGUCUGCCUGGCAGCAUUUCUAGUAUGCAUCCCCGGGAUGCUUCUACUAGAUGGAUCUGAGAACAUGUUCGGCUUUAUCAAGAUCAUGGUGAACUUCAUGGAUACCUUUACCUUCACGACCACCGACGAGUACAAGGACUACGAACGUGCGACGGCGAUUUUCCCCGAUACGCGAAGCCUGGUCUUCCUCGCAAAGCCUCUUGGCGGACGGGGAAUUGUAUCAUCGGAGGUGAUCCGACAGAUCCACCAGGCAGAGCUUCAGAUCAAGGAUGUAACCCGAUUCACAUCGGAGGAUGGACGUGAGUUGGGCUUCCGGGACGUGUGUGAGAAGUUUAGCUCCGACUCGCCAUGCAUCACAGGGAGUGCCACGACCACACUUCUUGGGAUGGAUGUCACAAGCCGCCUUGCAGAGCUCGAAGCACUCGAGAGGAAUGGCAGCUUUACUGGCCCCGACGCUGCAAUGUGGGUGGUUCAGGCUAUGAGCAUAGAGCAGCGGGCGGGCCUUCCUCUACUCUUCGCUGCGCCACUCGAUUUCCCUGGGGCUGACGCCGGCGACGUGGCUGUCAGCCAAUGGCUGUCAGAGAGCACCGCGGCUAUGUCCAGCUUUACGUUGAUAGACACCGAGGACGGCAUUCGCUUCGAGAAGCAGGCGGCGAAAGACAUCAACGAAAAUGGCUACCCAGAGAAUGCGGUCGUGAGGAUUAACCAGUUCAGCUCUUCAACGAUUGCAAUGGAGAGUGUGCAAAUCGGUAUGGACAACGUCCCACUCAUCGCCGUCACCCUUGUCCUCAUGGCAGGCUACGUGGUGCUCAUGCUGGGCACCGAUACCCGGAUUCCGGGAAACUCGCAGAUCAAGCUCCUCUUGGGGGCAACUUGCAUCCCAGCUUUGUCCGGAGGGGCCAGCUUUGGCCUCUUGGGAUACUGUGGCCUUGGUAUGACAGUCUUGGGGACCAUGGUGCCCUUCUUGGGUCUGGCCGUCGGCGUUGAUGUCAUCUUCUUGCUGAUCUCCUCCGUGAACGCCGUGGGGCCGGGCGUGAAGGACAUGGAAGAGGUCAUGGUCAGAGCUCUGCCUCGCGGGGGCGUUGCAGCGACUACCACCACCUUGACAUCCGUCUCUGCUUUCACCAUUGCUGCGGCCACCAGCACAGAUCUUCCCGGCUUUCUCUCCUUCAACCUUGGUCUGGUCAUGGUUCUUAUCCUGAACUGGAUCGGCAUGCUCAUCAUGCUCCCGGCCAUGAUCACACUGAGCCAACGCAACAUGACAGUGCGGGAGGAGCCACAAAGUGGCUUCGAGGCAAAGGCGCGAGUUGUCAUGGGAGGUGGACGCAGACUCAGGGCCUUGAUGAAUGCCAAGCUCGGCGAAGCCGUGGAGCGCAGUCUGCCCUUCCAAGUCUGCGGGGCCUCCGUAUGGGUAGUACUUACCAUUCUUGGCAUCUAUUUUGGGCUGCAGGUGGGGCGAGGCAUGCCGGACACCUACUUUGUGACCGAUUCUUCAAAGGUGCACGGCUACUUGGAGGACGUGCAAAGCUCCUUCGUGGGCAGUGUGCCCAUGGAGCUUGGUCUGGUUUUUGAUGCACCGAAGGUUCUUGACAAAACCUACCGAAGUCGCAUGUCCGACUUGGUUGCUGCACUGAAUAACAGAUCGGAUCUUGCCUUGCCCGUUGAUUGUUGGCUUCAUCGCGCAGUCGGCUCUUUGAGCACUUCCGCGUCGAUGUGCGAGGUGGACACCGCUGUUCUCACGUACCUCAACGAUACCAACACAGGUUUGGCCAGUGCUCGUGACUCCUCCGGUGGUAUCACCGACCACUUGCAAGCAGCCCGGUGUCGCGUAUUUCUGUGGCAGCCCACGGACUCGGAGAAGCGCAGCCAGCAGGCGCUGGACGUCAUUAGCCAGGUCAAGGACGGCUUCCCGGAGCUGAAUGUCAUCCCAUACCACCUCAGUUUCCCGAGCCAAACCGCGCGAUACAGAGUCAUCAAGGAUAAGACUUUCAGCACUGCCGGGUUUGCAUUCGUCGGGGUCUUCCUUGCAGUGCUGAUCACCAUGCCCGUUCACCUCGCCUUCCUGGCGGUCGGAAAUGUCAUGGCGGUAACAUGUGUUUUGUUCGGCUUCAUGUAUGCCUGCGGCAUCACAUGCAAUGUCAUUUCGUAUAGCGUGUGUGUCAUGGCCAUCGGUUUCUGUGUCGACUACAGUUGCCACAUCGUGCACUUUGCCGAGCAUGGCGUGGAGCCAGGCACGCCUUGGGACAAACGAAUGCGGCACUCGCUGGAAGCCUGCAGCUUUGACGUCAUGCAGGGAUGCUCGACAGCCUUCCUUGGCGUGGCCAUGCUUGGCUUUGGCUCCGCCGAGGCAUUCCGUAUUUUUGCUCUACUUGCGGUCGUCAUCACGCUCGUCGGUGGCUUCUUCGCACUGAUCGGCCUUCCAUGCCUGUUAGCUCUCCUCUCGAGGGCCUUCCGUGCCUGUGCCGGCUCUGAGGAGGAAGUGAAAGAUGCCGAGAUCAUUCAGGAUGUUGGCUUUUCCUUCGAUAAGUUCUCAGUGUAG